GAACGUGUAUGCGAACUUCACCUUAAUGAAUUGAGCCAUAUCUCUUUGCAUUAUUUGAAAUUCGUGUAGUCUUUUUCAGACUGCUCUUCAAAAUUCUUAUUUGAAUGGUGGUGUGCUUCCUCUCGGAGCCAAACGAGCUGGCACUUCUGUGGAUGAAUUUUCGCCUGCAUCAGUUACAGGUGAUGACAAUGAGGAUCUAUUGAUGGGCUCCCUUUCAAGGAUUCGAGUGGUGCAAUUUCAGAAGGACACUGAGGAGCCAAUGGGAAUUACGUUAAAGGUCACUGAAGAUGGAAGAUGUUUUGUGGCCCGCAUAAUGCAUGGUGGAAUGGUUCACAGACAAGCAACUCUUCAUGUUGGCGACGAAAUUCGAGAGAUCGAUGGUGUAUCUGUUAACAAUCGACCUGUCGAAUCACUCCAACAAAUGCUGAGAGAAGCUCGAGGACAGGUCACUUUCAAAAUUGUACCGUCGUAUCGGUCUGCUCCUCCAGCUUGUGAAAUAUUUGUUCGUGCACAAUUUGAUUAUGAUCCUUCUCAAGAUGACCUAAUCCCAUGUCCACAAGCAGGCGUACCAUUCAAAACUGGUGAUGUACUUCAGGUGAUUUCAAAAGACGAUCAUAAUUGGUGGCAAGCACGAUUUGUAUCCAGCUUUCCUUCACUUGGAACGUCGUCUUUGGUUGCCGGUCAUGUUGCUGGCUUGAUCCCUUCACCUGAACUUCAGGAAUGGAGGACAGCUUGCCUUGCUAUGGAACGGGCUAAGGACCAAUCGCACUGUAUGUGGUUCAAUAGAAGGAAAAAGUAUUACACAACAAAGUACCUCCAGAAGCAUUCUGCUCUGUUUGAUCAACUUGAUCUCGUUACUUAUGAAGAGGUUUGCAUCCUACCAGAUUUGCAUACCCAAUACCACGUUGGUCACAACACCACUAGACCUCCAAGGAAAGACGAAGUUGAUGGAAAACACUAUUUUUUUGUUUCGAGCGAUCAAAUGCUCGCCGACAUACAAAACAAUGAAUAUCUUGAGUAUGGAACUCACGAAGAGAGUAUGUAUGGAACGAAGCUCGAGACUAUACGAAACAUUCAUAAAAGUGGAAAAGUUGCAAUAUUAGAUGUUGAGCCUCAAGCACUGAAGGUGCUCAGAACGGCAGAGUACUCCCCUUUUGUAGUCUUCAUUGCUGCACCAAACCUCCAAGGUCUCCAAGAUCCAGAUGGUAGUCUUGAGCGGCUGUUGCGAGAAUCGGAAAUUCUGCGCCAGGCGUUCGGUCAUUUGUUUGAUUACGUUAUUGUGAAUAACGAUAUUGAUGAAACAAUCAGUCAACUUGAAAAUAUUGCGGAGAAGUUGCCUGCUUGUCCACAAUGGUUGCCGGUUUCAUGGGUAUAUUGA